AUACUUGAGUUUCUCUUGUAUCGUUCAUUAUAAUAAAUUAAGAUCUUGUUCUUGUUAGCAAGGGUUCAAAGACUCCUUGCAUCAAUUUGGUCAGACUUUCACUACCUAAUUAGCAUCGGUUGUCUUAGUGUUCUCUAUUCUUGGUUUAGUUGAAUUCCAUUCUUCCCCACAAAAACAACAUCAUGAAUGUCAAAGAUAUUGACGCAAACGAGGAGCGAUUGAUCGAGUAAGAUUUUGAGUGGGCUUAACUUUUAGGACCAAGAAGAAGAAAGUUGGAUUUCACGUGGCAACGAGGUGAAGAUUGGUAUAAAUAGCCCGAGUUUUGAGGACGUGGCGCUGAAAUAUAAAGCUAAUACAAGGAAAAAGAAAAUGAGGAAAGUGAAGGACAAGUCCGUGCCAAUGCCAAACCCCGAGAUCAACAACACCGGCACUGAUGAAGAAGCAAUCACCGACGCCGGUAACUCUUCUCAAUCCAAUGAUAAUCUCAAAGAUUGGUCAACUUUCCCGGUUGCCAGAUUACCCUCUCGUAACACCUCCUCCAAGUACGAUUUUGUCAAGGUGAAGGUGUGGUUGGGAGAUAACGCGGAUCACUAUUAUGUAUUGUCGCGGUUUUUGCUCAGCAGGAUGUUGACAGUGACCAAGGUACAAGUGCGUCCAAUUCCAAAUCAUGUUGCUAUUAAAAUUGCAUUGGAACUCAAGAAGCUGCUUGUAGAUAAUAGCCUUUUAGAUGUCUCACAAUCUGAUCUGGAAGCUAAUAUUUUCAAGCUCAUGGAGCGGCGUGGUUAUGGGGAAGAGUACAUAAAUCGUUAUAAAAUGAUGACAAGAUUUCACCAUCAAAGGGUCCCCUUGGUGAUUCUUGUAUGUGGAACUGCCUGUGUUGGAAAGUCAACCAUUGCCACCCAACUUGCACAGAGACUUAAUCUCCCAAAUGUGUUACAGACAGAUAUGGUUUAUGAAUUACUACGCACAUCAACAGACGCUCCAUUGACAUCUACUCCUGUAUGGGCACGAGAUUUUAGCUCUCCAGAGGAGUUAAUUACUGAAUUCUGUAGAGAAUGCAGGAUUGUUCGUAAAGGUUUGGCUGGUGAUUUAAAGAAAGCUAUGAAAGAUGGAAAGCCUAUAAUAAUUGAGGGAAUACAUUUGGAUCCCAGUAUAUAUUUGAUGGAUGAUGAAAGCAAGUCACCAGCCAAAGUUUCGGCAAAAGAUAUUGAAAACAAUCCCUUAUCAGCAACAUCAGAAGAUAAAAUUGCAAGACAAAUGGAGCGUAGUUGUCUAGUUGUUCAUCAAUGUAAAAAAGGGAAUGGCACCUGUAUUAAAUGUUCUCAUUCGAAGGAAUGCAUGCACACCAAUCAAGAGAAUGAAGGGUUAGACUCUCUAGAAGCUGUGGGUAUAGCAGGAAAUAGCUCUGGAAUUACAGAUGAAACUCACAAUAAAGAGGAGACAAAUAGAUCUGCUUCUGUCAGGAAAGAGAAGUCUGGUGCUGAGCCAAUAAUAAUACCCAUAGUCUUAAAAAUGGCUGAAUUUGAUCACAAGGCACUACUAGAGGAAUGGAUCUCCCCUCGAACAUUUAGUGACAAAUGUCCUCUCCAGGAUAAAAGUAAGCUUAUAGCUAAUUUAAAGACCAUUCAGGGCUAUCUUUGCUCGUUCAAAUCACAGGGUUUAAUAGUAGUUAAUAUAUCAGCGACUACAUUUCCACAAACACUGGAUUGGCUGCAUGGAUAUAUUCUGCAGUGUAUCGAACAAGGCAUUUCACCUGUAUCAAAUGAAAAUGCAAGUCAGUCUAUUGAACACUAAUUAAGAAAAUAAUUUUUGUUCAUCACAGGUGGAGAAUUCCCACAUACUGUAACAAAGGCUUAUCAACUCAUUCCUAAGGUUCCAGCUUCUCUUUGACAAAAGUUUCAUCAAGACAGUGGCAUAAAAGCUGUUCCUGGUUGAGGUUUGGCCAAAAUAUAUGCUCCUUUGGAAGUUUGUCGCUUGCAACAGUUAUCUGUUAAAGCCAUCUUGUUGUGCAAUUAUAACUUAAUGAACAUUAGCUUCUUGCUCAAGAUAAUAAUUUCUACAAAUGGGUUAUGUUCGUUUGAAGAUUGAAAUUCCGUUUGUAGGUCUCAGGGUUAUGGAAUUAGUUUGGACCCUUUGGAUGAUGUAUUAAAAUAUGGAUAAAACGGAUCUUAUUGUUGUACUAGUCCAAACGAAUCAAAAUCUUCUAAUGGGACAGGCCAAUCCCAAUAUGUUUUAA